AUGUUUAUUUGGCCUAUAGUAUGGACCUUGAGAGUAGUGACACUAUUUUUGUUAUGCUUCAUUUAUGCCGAUAACACAAAAUUUAGUACUGAAAAACAAAAUGGGCUAAUACUUGACAAUGUAGUAGUUGGGGGAUACUCAGCUAAUGAAAGUAACAUUGAUAUUUGUAGGGAACUUUAUCCUAAAUAUGGUCAACUAUUCCCCUCAGAUUUCCAAUUUAUGUGUUUGCUACCAACGGGAGGUUUAUAUAAUACUAGAGAUGAUUUAUUGGAUAUUGAAUAUAUAAGAACUGAGCAAGAAGAUAUAUAUUCAACAAAUAAAAUAAAUCGUGGUAAAUUUUCUGAAAAGAUGGUUGAUUCAUUGGAAAUUCAAGAUAGUUCAUUGACUGGUACUUAUAGUCUUACUAAGGCUUCGCAUUAUACUGUUUUGGAAAGCUCAGAUAAUAUAUCUACAUCAUUUAAAGCAUAUUAUUUUGGUUUGAAUGAAUAUUUACUUUCUAAUAAAGAUGAAUUUUCAUUAUAUAAUCCUCAGAGUCAACUUCUCACUCCAAUUAAAAUAUUUGAACAAGGAGUAUUAAGCAACCAUACACCUCUAAACUACUUAGCAAAUAUAAAUAAUCCAUAUAUAUAUUAUAUAACAGAUCAGGGAAGUUACUCACUUGAAACAUGGCCAAUAAAUCAUAUGGUAUUUAUUUGUGGAUACUUUAUGAAUGGGCUAUUUACGGUAACAGUUACUGGGAUAUCCCCAACACGUAUAUAUUAUUCUGUUACAUUAAAUAGUUAUCUUCAAACAAUUACUACAGCAUGCUCAGAUGAGAAUGGUAUUGUUUUAAAUAAAAUUGAUAGUUCAAAUUGGAUAUUAAGUAGUGGUGAUUGGAUAGAGCUUACAAUUGUACGUAGAUAUUAUGGUUUUAUUUUAUUUACCAAUGGCUAUAGAAGAUAUCUUCUAGAUAUGCAAGAUUGCUGGUCAGAUCCACUCAAAGUUAUAAAAGUGGAUAAUGGUUAUUCAGCUAUUAUUAUUCCUUCUAUUGAAGAUUGCAAGGUGACUCAAUGGAGUGCUUGGACUACUUGCUCCAAGUCUUGCUCUGUAGGCUCGAAAGUACGUAGAAGAGACGUAAUAAUGCCACAAAUGAACAACGGAACAGCUUGUCCAUUAUUAAUUGAGUCUAGAGAAUGUAAUGAAGAUAUUUCAUGUUCUAAUUGUAUCUAUGGAUCUUGGUCAUCAUGGUCUUCUUGCUCUGUAUCUUGUGGAACUGGUACAUCAAAAAAAGGUGCCAAUUGCAAUAAGACAUUUGAAAUGAAUACUUGCAAUACAUUUCAAUGUCCAACUAAUUGUGUAUUAUCUCAGUGGUCUGAAUGGAGCAUCUGCUCAGCUACGUGUGGUCAGGGUGUUCAACUGAGCUCUAGAAUAACUAUAUUAUCUCAAAGUGAUGGUGGUAAUUGCCCUGAUAAUCUAUCAAGAACACAAAGUUGUAUGAUUAAAAUUUGUACUUUACCCUGUGUUCCUAACCCAUGUCUUCAUAAUGGUAAAUGUACAAGCUUACCACAUAGCAAAUUUAUAUGUAGUUGUAGUGAAUUUUAUCAGGGUGAAAUUUGUGAUGAAUUCAUUAUUCCAUGGUGGAUUUAUCCAAUAUUUAUAAUUAUUGGGUUCUUCAUGGCUGGGACAAUCUAUAGACUUUUCAUUGCUAAUUAUACUGUAACAACAGCAGAGUCUGCUAAUUAUGGAGAUGAACAAUUAGAUGCUCAACCGUUACCACAAUCAAGUAAUAUUCCCCCUCCAAAUUAUUCAGCCCAAGAAGAUCCAUAUCUUUUUGGUCUUGAUAAUUCUGAGUGGCAAUAUUAA